UUGUCGUCUCAGACCACCGAUACUAUUGCUAGCGACUCUCGUCCCUUUCGUCGUUCUCGCUCACGAUCUCGCCAACCAAUUCCGCCCAACUCCACUAAUCUUUCUGGCUCUGCGUCUUCUCGACAUAUACCUAAUGAAUCCCAUCCUCGGCUUCGAUCAGUUUCACUUGAGGAUGACCCACUCCAUUCUCUCAAGCAACAAAAGCAGCAUUACCAUAACGAAAAACAGCAGCACUAUAAUCAUGUCAUGCCACAGGCUCCGAGAUAUCCUUUGAAUUCGAGUCCCUCAAUCUCCAAUCGGCGCCACGCUCGUGGCCGUUCAAGCACUUCUCCCACCGCCCCUUCAAUUUCUUCCCGAUGCCGGCGCAGAAAACAGGCUUCUUCUUCCCCUUCCUCUUCGUCUUCAUCAUCCAGGCUUCGCUCGCAUUCACGUGAGGCUGGGGUUUCAUUGGUUGCCGACGCUAAAAUCAAAUUCCGCAAUAGAAGUCCUUCACCAUCUAAGGCCAGUGUUGCUUCUACAAUCCCGGCAACCCAGCCAAAUUCUGCCAGUACCCAACUCGUCCGUAAGCGCUACUACCGACCUGAGCUUGAAGAGAGGCCUAGAGCCAGUUCUAUCUCGUCACUUUCUGAUGAUAACUCAACGACCGACGCCAAAGUUCAAUUUCAGCAGCAACUUGAGAAGCCUGGCCCUUCACAGGCAGUCGAGAGUCAGACGUAA